GCAACCUCGGUAAGUCACGGGCACUGUCUAAACACGUCAACAAACUACAACAAACGCGCCACUCUUGACCGUCACACUCACCACUUGCUGUGACAGCAUCCAACAAAAUGCUGAGCAUGCAAAGUUCUAGUCCCAUUUGCCAGACCCCCUCUACUCCUGGACGUUCAUCUUAUUAUUCCGCAAGGAGUCACCAACCACUUGCUUCGUCACCCCUGGCUUCUCCGAAAUCAUCACCGGUAGUUUCCGCACAAGCAAGACGACAAGCCCAAUACAAAGCUCGCGUAACCAGUUCAUCCAGAAGCGCAGCUACCCAGCUUCUAUGCACACCGGCUGGUAGCAAGACGCCAGAAAACCCUCAAAAAACAUUUUUACGUGAUCGUUUUAAAGCGCGAUGCCUUGAGCGCGCCCAGAAACAACGACAUGAUAAAGUCCAAAAACAAAGGACACGUAGCAGCAGUGACGUGUUUUUUGAUUCUGAGAUGGACUGCGAUGAGGAUGAGGAUGAUGAAUUGGUUAUGCAAGACGAGCUCUUUCGGAGAAUCAUCGCAAAUACUGCACAUAAGCAAAACCAUUCCUACCGUCUUUCGUAUUCUUAUGACGUCGGAUCCUCCUUUGACCCGGAUAUGGAGGAUGUAAACCGGUGGGAAAGUGAAUUGCAAGCGAUGCCCCCUGACAGCUAUAGUGUGACACCAGAGGACCUCGAGCAAGAGGAAAUUGAGGCAUACGCCGCAGAAUAUGAAAACUUGCAUGAACUAUCGGAUCUGGGUGUUACCAUCGACGACUUUUCUGCGUGGAGUGAUAUCGAAGAUACUUCAGUGCCGUCGUCGCACAUGACGGACAAGGCAGGACGAUCGUCGGAGGAUCAGGAUAUGGAUGUGUCCUAACUGAAGUCGCGUGCUGUAAUCGCGGUUUCUGCUAUGGAUGGCUGUCGUGCUUUUAUGAGUUGUAUCAUUAUCUACUGUUACUGUACAUUAUUAACCUGGGUAGGUAGAGUCGGGUGGCAUAGCCACGCCAACAAGUAUUCUUAUCUUAUCCAAGACGUACCACAGACUUGGCCAUCGUCGAAGCCAUACCCAAUGAUCAGCAAACGCUACUUACU